AUGGCAUCCCCAACCUCCCGCGAUGCCGCCGUCGACUACAAGGGCCUGGGCCACAAGCAGGCCCAGCCGGAGACCCGCACCUCCCGCAAGUGGUACCUCGUCGGUGCUGGCCUGGCACUGAUGGGCGUGGUUGGGGUGACCGCCAAGGCGGCUCACUCCGGCGGCGCCUUGUUUUCCUCGAGUGCCACGAGGGGAGGUGCGAUCCAGGAGACACAGACUUGGGAGGAGCUGCCCGGCAUCGACAAGGUGAUCCGAAAGGCCCAGAGCUUGAAGCAGGACAAGCCCUUGCGCAACUUGCAGGAUCUCUUCUAUGACUCGCAGCCGGAGGAGUUGCCCUGGAUCCGCACGGAGUGCGUCAUUGACACCGUCCAGGCUGCCGCCUACCUUGGCCAGGCUGUCGUGUUCCUCUACAAGGCCAUUGACUACGAUGGCCUUGAGUGCCCCAACAACUCUCCUGUUGGAUGCGCUGCCAGCGUCGCAGGCUUCAUCACGUCCAUCAGCUGGAUCGCCUCGUACCUGUCCUUUGCCGCGAACGCCUGCGGCCAGGCUGUCAACAACGGUGCGCUAUGUGCUGGCGAUUUCACUGCUCUCAUGGCCAACUUCGGCGAGAUCGCCACUGUGGGUGCCGCUGCCAGGGCAGACUGCGACUUCGGCAAGAAUGCCCUCCAGAUCCUCACACGCACGGAGACGAUCUCCCCUCCCUGGAAGGAGUUCGUCCCGGCAGGAGCUUCGCCGGCGGUCGACAAGGCCUUGAAGAUCAAGGGCCACAAGGACCAGCAGCGCAACCGUGACUACGACAUCGUGCAGUGCGCCGUGGACGUCACCAACUCCGCUUCCUACAUCGUCCGAGUGAUCCUCCAGAUUCGUGCCGCGGGCAGCGCUUGUGCGGACCCCAAGUCCUGCGCCGUUGGCAUCAUGAACAUCAUCUCCUCCUUCGCCUGGAUCUCCCAGUUCACGGCCCUCGCCGUCUCGGACUGCCAGGUGGGCGCCGACCAGAAGGCCCUGUGCACAGCAGACAUCUCCGACAUGGUGGCCGCGCUCACCAAUGGCCCGGCUGCCGGCAUCGCCUCCACCUCGGACUGUGCUGACCUCUAA